AUGGCCAACAGGAAUGUUGGAUUGGCUUGGAGAAGGUGGGAUUUGGUGAAGAUGCAAACGAGGUAUAUGGAGAGAUCGAAUAGUAUAGCGGCGGUGGCGAGGGAGAAGAGAGGACUUGAUUCAAGCUCUGGUGAUGACGAAGUCCAGCCUGAUAGAAAAAGGCCUGCUUUAGCUAGUGUAAUUGUUGAAGCUCUCAAGGUGGAUAGUUUGCAGAAGCUUUGCUCGUCUUUGGAGCCUGUUCUUCGGCGAGUUGUUAGUGAAGAAAUAGAGCGUGCUUUAGCAAAACUGGGCCCUGCCAAACUGUCUGGACGGUCUUCUCCUAAAUGUAUAGAAGGGCCUGAUGGAAGAAACUUGCAGUUGCACUUCAGGUCCAGGUUGUCCCUCCCUCUCUUUACCGGUGGGAAAGUAGAAGGGGAGCAGGGUGCCGCCAUUCAUAUUGUGUUGAUUGAUGGAAAUACAGGCCAUGUUAUCACAUCUGGUCCAGAAUCUUCUGUAAAACUAGACAUUAUUGUGCUUGAAGGUGAUUUCAACAACGAAGAUGAUGAUAAUUGGAGUCAAGAGGAAUUUGAGUCUCAUGUGGUUAAAGAACGUGAGGGCAAGAGGCCACUUCUAACUGGGGAUCUGCAAGUGACACUGAAAGAAGGUGUUGGAACUCUAGGUGAGCUGACAUUUACUGAUAACUCAAGCUGGAUAAGAAGCAGGAAGUUCAGGCUAGGGCUGAAGGUUGCCUCAGGCUGCUGUGAAGACAUUCGCAUUCGUGAAGCGAAAACAGAUGCCUUCACUGUUAAGGAUCACCGGGGAGAAUUAUACAAGAAGCACUAUCCACCAGCAUUAACUGAUGAGGUUUGGAGAUUGGAAAAGAUUGGAAAAGAUGGAUCUUUUCACAAGAGGCUGAACAAAGCUGGAAUAUAUUCAGUUGAAGACUUCCUACGUCUAGUAGUUAGAGACUCACAGAGGUUGCGAACUAUUCUUGGAAGUGGCAUGUCAAAUAAAAUGUGGGAUGUUCUUGUUGAGCAUGCAAAGACCUGUGUUCUGAGCGGGAGACUUUAUAUCUACUAUCCCGAGGAUGCAAAGAAUGUUGGCAUCGUUUUUAACCAUAUCUAUGAAUCAAAGGGCUUAAUUGCCAAUGGACAGUACUACUCAGCUGAUUCUUUUUCUGACGAUCAGAAGAUCUAUGUUGACAGCUUGGUGAAGAAGGCAUAUGAUAAUUGGAUGGAUGUUGUAGAGUAUGAUGGCAAAUCCCUUCCAGACUUCAAGCAGAAUCAGGGCAUAGUUGCUUCACAAAAUGAUGUUCCAUCUGUUCAACAAGAGUUUUUGAACUCUUAUGAUCAUCAGGGUACUUUACCAUCCAUAUCAGUUCCAGUCCCUUCAGAGCACCCUGUUAUGCAUUCAGGUCCAACUGUUGGAGGUUAUAAUGAUGAUAUGGCUGCCGGAUUCUCAAUGCAUCCUCAGAAUGGAAAUCUCAACACCCCUUUUCAAUUUGAUGCCCCUUCACUACCUUCACAGAAUCCUCUGGUUAAUAUUUCACAUCAAAUCCAGGUUCCAGGAACUGACAGUUUACUAGCUCUCGGCCCUCCACAGACUUCUACAUCAGGCUUUCAGAGUUACAGUGCAUCGAAUCUUAAUUCAUACAGGGGAACUGAGGACUUCUUCCCGGAAGAGGAGAUUCGUACGAGAAGUCACGAGAUGCUUGAAAAUGAAGAUAUGCAGCAUCUUCUUCGCAUAUUUAACAUGGAAGGCCAGGGUCUCCCCUCCUUUAAUGUUGCCGAAGAUGGGUAUCCUUACUCAUCCACAUACAUGCCCAACCCAUCUCCAAAUUACGGCUUUGGUGACGAUCCAUCUCGUUCAUCUGGCAAAGCUGUUGUUGGAUGGCUGAAGCUCAAGGCAGCCUUGAGAUGGGGCAUUUUUGUGAGGAAGAAGGCUGCUGAGAGGCGAGCACAGCUUGUCGAGUUAGAUGAUCCUUAG